AUGACGCCACAGUUCGGUGCAGCUGGGACAUCAAGUGCAAGACAAGUAGGAGAACUCAAUGCAGAACCUCCUGAAGAGGAGCAACCUCCGCCUCCUUUUGAGGCCCUAGAAAACCGAGCGGCUCCUGGAUUAGGGGAAGAUGAGGUUGGGGCGUCGAGGUCCACCUCCACCACCCCCUACGACUUAGAGAGAGAGGAACGACGACAGCAGGAGGCACGCUCGAGGCUGCAGGAAUUGAUGCAGACGACCAUACCUGGCUGUAUCCGUCUGGCAGCAGCCGCCGCCACCGACGGCUUGAUAGGUGACGAGCAAAAGCAGAACAGUGCGAAAUAUUUCGAAGACAGUCUCGCGAUCGUUCGCAGAUUUCAUGAAGAGUUCGCAGACCACCUCCACCCGGAAGCGGACCCCCGAAGCAAGACCAUCCGGGAGUUACUGGACCGGGAAGAACAGACGGUGCGAGACGGGGUGGUAGAGUUUAUAAGAGUAUGGACAGAUCACAUAGUGGAGUGGCGACGCCGCGUACGCGAGGCAAAAAUGCACGCCUCUGUUGUACAGCCCGCUGCAGGAGG